GGGCGGGCCCGGCCUAGGGACGAGGCCUCGGCCGCCGCUGCCCUACGCGUUGUGCGCCGUCCGGUCCCGUCCUGUCCCAUGGCCGCCCCGGCCGUGCUGGAGCUCUUCUACGAUGUGGUCUCCCCCUACUCCUGGCUGGGCUUCGAGGUCCUGUGUCGCUACAGAAACACCUGGAACAUCAACCUGCGCCUCCGCCCCAGCUUUAUCGCCGGGAUCAUGAAGGACAGCGGAAACAAGCCGCCCGCCCUGGUGCCCCGGAAGGGCAAGUACAUGACCCAGGACCUGAAACGCCUGAGUGACUACUUCCAGGUCCCGCUCCACAUGCCGAAGGAUUUCGCCCGCUCGGUUCUGGAGAAAGGCAGCCUCUCCGCCAUGCGCUUCCUCACCGCCGUGAACAUGGAGCGGCCCGAGCUGCUGGAGCCCGUGUCCCGGGAGCUGUGGAUGCGGAUCUGGUCCCGGGACGAAGACAUCACCGAAGCCCAGAGCAUCCUGGCUGGUGCCACCCUCACGACCCACCCCCUUCAGGCCGCAACCCGGGCCGGCCUGACCCCGGAACAAGGACAGGAGCUUCUGAGAAAGAUCGAUUCCCCGGAGGUGAAGGAACGGCUGAAGGUGACCACCGACGCAGCCUGCAACUACGGGGCUUUUGGGCUGCCCGUGGUGGUGGCACACGUGGGCGGCCAGCCGCACAUGUUCUUUGGAUCGGACCGGUUGGAGCUGCUGUCCCACCUGCUGGGAGAGCGGUGGCUGGGUCCUGUCCCCCAGGCCCACAAGUCCCAGCUCUGAGCCGGCCACGCAGGGACCGAGUCCCCGCCCCAGCUGGAAGCCAGGACUCCGGUUCCGUCCCCACCCUUGGGCCCCGGGGUCCCCUCGGGGUGGCGGGGGUGGGGGCACCCGGGGCCCGGAGCCUCAGUGAGCCUUUCGGCACCAAAGCACCUUACGGGAGAAGGGGCUCCCCGGUAUCCUGUCCCUGAAAAAUAAAGAGCCUGAAAGCUGGACCUUA